AUGGGCCGCAAGGAAGAGGAUGACAGCAGCUCCUGGAAGAAACAGACAAGCAAUAUCCGAAAAAACUUCAUUUUCAUGGAGGCACUGGGAUCAGGAGCCUUUUCAGAAGUUUUCCUAGUGAAACAAAGAAGCACUGGCAAGCUCUUUGCUCUGAAAUGCAUCAAGAAAUCUCCUCUCACUAGGGAUAGCAGCUUGGAGAAUGAAAUAGCAGUAUUGAAAAAAAUAAAGCACGAAAACAUUGUGACUCUGGAAGAUAUUUAUGAGAGCACAACCCACUUUUACCUGGUCAUGCAACUGGUAUCUGGUGGAGAGUUAUUUGACCGAAUUUUGGAAAGGGGAGUUUACACUGAAAAAGAUGCAAGCGUGGUAAUCCACCAGGUCUUGACAGCUGUGAAGUAUCUCCACGAAAAUGGAAUAGUUCACCGAGACUUAAAGCCUGAAAAUCUUCUUUACCUUACUCCUGAAGAAAACUCCAAAAUUAUGAUCACAGACUUCGGCUUGUCUAAAAUGGAACAGAACGGCAUCAUGUCCACUGCCUGUGGGACUCCAGGAUAUGUUGCCCCAGAAGUCCUCACUCAAAAGCCAUACAGCAAAGCUGUUGAUUGCUGGUCCAUUGGAGUCAUCACCUAUAUCCUGCUGUGUGGGUAUCCUCCUUUCUAUGAAGAGACUGAAUCUAAACUGUUUGAAAAGAUUAAGGAAGGUUACUAUGAGUUUGAAUCGCCAUUUUGGGACGAUAUCUCUGAGUCAGCCAAGGAUUUCAUUAGACAUUUACUGGAGAAAAAUCCAAACACAAGGUUUACGUGUGAAGAAGCCUUGAGGCACCCAUGGAUUAAUGGAAAUACAGCCCUUCACCGUGACAUAUACCCAUCUGUCAGCGCACAGAUUCAGAAAAACUUUGCGAAGAGCAAAUGGAGGCAAGCCUUCAAUGCUGCAGCUGUUGUGCACCACAUGAAGAAACUCCACAUGAAUGGUCAUGCAGUGGGUGAAAACAACCUUCCUGUUAUACAAGUCUCUGAAGCAUCCAGACCUAACACACCUAACAUUGUCAGCUCGGGAAUGUCAAAUGAAGACAAGACCGUACCAUUUCCUCUGGUACCCACAUUGGGAUGUCAAAACCUUCCCACACACCUGGAACAAGACACAGGAAUGAUGGAGGGGAAGCUGCAAAAGCACUCCAUUAAUGGGUCCCUGCCGGGAGACAGCAGUCCAGUUCUGCCAGACCCUCCAAGCUCACCAAACAGAACUUCUUGUGGCUGCAGCUCAGCCUGUGUAGGGCAUGAGAGAGCAAAGGCAUCCUUUUGCUCUGAGACAGUGCUUCUUAAAAAAGCUGCAAAAUCCCAUCCUUUCAACUCAGAAGUUCUUGUUCCAGUGAAAAAUGGUAAACACUUUCACUGUGGUACUGGGCAAACUGGAGUUUGUUUGAUCAUGUGA